AAUCCCCUGUUGUUUGUUGUCAAAUCACCAGUGUCCAGCCAGACACCAGAGCAUUUUUUGUAGUGCUUGCCAAGUAAAAUACCUGAUCUCACCAGGAUGAGCACCAGCAAGAAGGUGGAGACGCGCCAGGAGAGCGACACCCUGGGACCCAUGGAGGUGCCCAUGGAUCGCUACUACGGCGCACAGACGAUGCGCUGCCUCCUAAACUUUCGCAUUGGCGGCGAGGAGGAGCGAAUGCCACGUCAGAUAAUCCAGGCAAUGGGCAUACUGAAGAAGGCGGCGGCCGAAACGAACCAGGAAUUCGGAUUGGAUCCCAAGCUGAGCACGGCCAUCUCGAAUGCAGCGGAUGAUGUGAUAUCCGGAAAGCUCUACGACGAGGGUCACUUUCCGCUGCCCAUUUGGCAGACGGGCUCGGGCACCCAGAGCAACAUGAACAGCAACGAGGUCAUCGGCAAUCGCGCCAUCGAGCUGCUGGGCGGACGCAUCGGCACCAAGGACCCAGUGCAUCCCAACGAUCAUGUGAACAAGUCGCAGAGCUCCAACGACACCUUUCCCUCGGCCAUUCACAUUGCGGUGGCCACUGCGCUGACCAAGGAUCUCCGGCCAGCGGUCAGUGGACUGCGGGAUGCACUGCACGCCAAGUCGAGUGAGUGGAAGGAUAUCAUCAAGAUCGGACGCACCCACACCCAGGAUGCAGUGCCGCUGACGCUGGGCCAGGAGUUCAGUGGCUAUGCCCAGCAGCUGACCAACGGCCUGCAGCGGAUCGACGCGGUCCUGCCGCGCGUCUAUCAACUGGCACUGGGUGGCACAGCCGUGGGAACGGGACUGAAUACCCGUCGAGGAUUCGCCGAGAAGUGCGUCAAGCGGAUUGCCCAGCUCAGCGGACUGCCCUUCGUGGUGGCGCCCAACUUCUUCGAGGCACUCGCUUGCCGGGAUGCCAUGGUGGAGGUGCAUGGCGCCCUCAAUGUUCUGGCUGUCAGCCUGAUGAAGGUCACCAAUGAUAUACGCUUCUUGGGAUCGGGACCACGUUGCGGAUUGGGUGAACUGUUGCUGCCGGAGAAUGAGCCGGGCAGUUCCAUCAUGCCCGGCAAGGUGAAUCCCACGCAGUGCGAGGCCAUGACCAUGAUCUGUGCCCAGGUGAUGGGCAACCACGUGGCCGUCUCCGUGGGCGGUGCCAAUGGACACUUCGAGCUGAACGUAUUCAAGCCACUGAUAGCCUCCAAUGUGCUACGCUCUAUUAAGCUAUUGGCGGAUGGUUGCAUCAGCUUCAACUGCAACUGCGUCAAGGGCAUCAAGCCCAACAAGGAGAAGCUGGCCAAGAUCGUGAACGAGUCGCUGAUGCUGGUGACAGCCCUCAAUCCGCACAUUGGCUAUGACAAGUCGGCCCAGAUCGCCAAGGCGGCCCACAAGAAUGGCACUACUCUCAAGGAGGAGGCGCUGAACGCCGGCAUAUCGGAGAAGGACUUCAACGAGUGGGUGCGUCCCGAGAAGAUGCUGGGUCCUUCUUAGGUGCUCCUCUAGUGCGUCAUGUGUUACCUGUUACUAAAUUUUAUCGUUGCAAAUACAAUCGAGAAAAAGAA